AUCAACCAGUAUAAAAAGGCAGAACAAGGCUAAUGGAGCAUGGUGUGGUGUCUGUUUCUUUCUUUGCUGCUCAUCUGUUUGCUGUCAACAGGGCAAAAAGCAUUUCAGCUGCAAUGGCCUCUGCUCUGCCUGACAAAGAGGAAGCUGCCAAGGGAUCCGAGGAGGAGGAGCAGCAGGAUGCAGUAGAUCAGGUGGCCAACCUGACCUUGGUCAGCUCUGCCUGUGACAUGGUUUCCACGGUUUAUGCCUCCACUAAGGACAUCCACCCCUGCAUCAGAUCUGUGUGCGAUGCCGCAGAGAGAGGAGUGAGGAGCGUGACGGCAGCCACGGCCAGCUGCGUGCAGCCAGUUCUGACCUCGCUGGAGCCCCGUGUUGCUGCAGCAAGUGAUUGUGCCUCCAAGGGCUUGGAUAAGCUAGGGGAAAAGCUCCCACUCCUUCAGAAGCCAGUGGAACAGAUUAUCUCAGAUACAAAAGAGCUGGUGUCAUCCAGAGUGGCUGAUGUGAAGGAUGCUGUGAGCAGCAAAGUGACAGAGGUGAUGGAUGUAACUAAGGAGACUCUUCAGAGUGGCGUGGAGGCUGCCAGAGCUGCAGUGAUGGUCCUGGACUCCAGAAUGAGCCAGACAGCUGUAAGUGGAGCAGAAGCUGUGCUGGAGAGCACAGAAGACAGCUCCCUCCCCAUUGGGAAUGAGGAUCUCGCCAAACUGGCGGCAUCUGAAGAGGGUGCAGACAUAAUGUCUGUGGAGCAGCAGCAGGAGAAGAGGAGGUACUUUGUGCGGCUGGGGUCUCUCUCUGAUGAACUCCGCCAACUUGCCUACCUGCACUCAACAGAGAAAAUGAAGCGGCUGUGGCAGGGCAUGCAGGAGGCCCUUGCACAGCUUCACUGGGUCAUUGGACUGAUUGAAGUGUUUAAGCAAGGAUUUAAUCAAAAGCUUCAGGCGGGGCAGGAGAAACUGCACCAGAUGUGGCUGGAGUGGAGUAGGAAGUGUUCUGAAGAGAGUGGAGAUGAAAGCUCUGCAGAGCCAGAGGAGAUGGAGUCUCUGGCCCUGCUCAUGGCAUGCAGUAUCACAAAGCAGCUGCAAAUCACCUGCUGCAAGAUAGUGUCUGCAAUUCAAGGCCUUCCCUUGAGCCUUCAGCAUAAGGUGAAACAAUCUCUUGGUGCCAUAGAGGAGCUGCAUGCUUCUUUCUCAGCAGCAAACUCCUUUCAGGACUUGUCCAGCAGUGUCCUGACCCAAAGCCAGAGGAAGCUGUCUGUGAUCCAGGAGUGCAUGGGGGAGCUGCUGGACUACCUGAAAAACAACACUCCUCUGUUCUGGCUGGUGGGGCCCUUCUCCCCCAGGGAGGAGGAGGUGAAAACCUCCCAGGAGGAUGAGCCCUUGCGGGAGAGAGAUGCAGGAGCAGGGGAUCAUCAAGCUUCCACUACCCUCAUGUAAAGGAUAAGGUGGUGAGCACAGGCCUGCGUGGCAUAACUGGUGAGGGCUUGGUCUUUGCUUUCUGUAGCUUCCCUCUCCACUUGAGGAUGGAGCUGUCAUCAUGGCUACUGGGUACUGAUGAGUAAAUCCUUAGGAUCUUUGAAGGAAGGUGGUGAAAGCAGCAGGGUGACUAAGUGCUCAUAGCUGCCUUGAGGAAUGGUGGCUGAGCUCUGGGCCAGGACAACGGAGCUGAAGCUCUGCAAUGCUCCCACCUCCUGAGCAAGCUGUCUAUGGUAUGUCCAUUAGUGUAUCCAGGCACUACCCGUAUUCAACACAAUUACUGCUGUUGGUUUUAAACUCUUGGCUAGUAUAAAAUGUAAAUAAUUACCUUCCUAGAGGCUGCUUGUACCAGAUCACAACUGCUUAAAAUAAAACUACUGUAUGCAAAACUACUUACUGCCUCUUGUCUCUU